AUGGCUUCCCUCAUCGCUAAGACCCCCGUCGCAGCGCAGACGGCGACGCUGAAGUCGUCGUUCCUGGGCUCCAAGCCGCAGGCGAAGGCCGCGAGCGCUGCGCUGCCAGUGAAGAAGUCCGACGCGCGCGUGGUGUGCCAGGCUGGUGACCGUUGGGGUGCGCUGGGCCGCGAUAUGUCCGACGACCAGCAGGACAUCACCCGUGGCUAUGGCCUGGUCGAUGCCGCCUUCCAGGGUGCUCAAGGCAUUGGCACGCACAAGGCUGUUCUGUCGUCGUACGACUACGUCAGCCAAGGCCAAAGGAGCCUGCAGUGGGACAACACCAAGGACGGCUACUACAUCGCUCCCGCGUUCAUGGACAAGGUCGUCGUGCAUCUUGCCAAGAACUUCAUGAAGCUACCCAACAUCAAGGUGCCGCUCAUCCUGGGAGUGUGGGGAGGCAAGGGUCAGGGCAAGACAUUCCAGAUGGAGCUCAUCUUCGCCAAGCUCGGCAUCAACCCCAUCAUGAUGAGCGCGGGAGAGCUGGAGUCCGGGAAUGCCGGCGAGCCCGCGGCGCUGAUUCGGCAGCGGUACCGCGAGGCGUCGGACGUGAUCAAGAAGGGCAAGAUGUGCUGCCUCUUCAUCAACGACCUCGACGCGGGCGCGGGCCGCAUGGGCGGCACGACGCAGUACACGGUGAACAACCAGAUGGUCAACGCCACGCUCAUGAACAUCGCCGAUAACCCCACCAACGUGCAGCUGCCCGGCAUGUACAACAAGGACGAGAUCCCCCGCGUGCCCAUCAUCGUGACGGGCAACGACUUCUCAACGCUGUACGCGCCGCUGAUCCGCGACGGGCGCAUGGAGAAGUUCUACUGGGCGCCCACGCGCGACGACCGCAUUGGCGUGGCGCAGGGCAUCUUCCGCCUCGACGGUGUCCCUGAGCAGGACGUUGUGACCCUUGUCGACACCUUCCCCGGCCAGUCCAUUGAUUUCUUCGGCUCCCUGCGCGCGCGUGUGUACGAUGACAAGGUGCGCAAGUGGGUGGAUUUCUUCGGUGCCCUGCGCGCGCGUGUGUACGAUGACGAGGUGCGCAAGUGGGUGGGCAAGAUUGGUGUGGACCAGGUCUCAAAGCACCUCGUCAACUCGCGGACGGGCCCGCCGAAAUUCGACCAGCCGAACAUGAACCUGGAGACGCUGCUGGCGUACGGCAACAUGCUGGUGAAGGAGCAGGAGAACGUCAAGCGCGUGCAGCUCGCCGACACCUACCUUGCAUCGGCCGCUCUGGGUGACGCCAACCGCGACCAGAUGGAGCAGGGAACCUUCUUUGAAGGUGGCUAUGCCCAACAAGUGGGAGUGCCGGUGCCAUCAGGCUGCUCUGAUCCCAACGCUGUUAACUACGACCCCACCGCCCGCAGCGACGACGGCAGCUGCGUCUAUGACUUCGCCCAAUAA